AUGGAAUUUGAAUAUAUCUCAUGUGUCAAUUUUUUAAGUAAAAAUAAUCUCCUAAUUUCUGAGUGCUUUUCCAUUCCAGCAUCAGCCACAGCGUUGACAACUUCACCCGUUCCUACCUCAAGCCCAGCGGCAGCUUUAGUCCUUGCAACUGGCAUCGCUCCCACUUCAGUAGAAGCAGCUCGCCUGUCAUCACCUAGCAAUGGCCUCUGCCCACCACACUGCACAGGCCCUUUGGCAACUGCUCCAGUUAUAGCCACUCCAGUUGACACAUCUUCGACCUCAGCAGAAUCAAGCCCUCCAAAUGAUGCAUCUCCAGUCUCAGCAGGAGAGGAAACACCCCUAGAUGCAUCUUCAUCUUCUGAAGAAGAGGAAGCAUCCUCAGACGCUUCUUCAUCAUCGGGAGUGACCUCCUCUGACAGUUCUUCAACCUCAGCAGAAACAAGCUCUUCAAAUGAUGCAUCUUCAGCCUCCACGGAAGAUGCCUCCUCUGAUACAUCUUUAACCUCAGCAGACGUGGCGAGUGGAGAGCCAACUGAUGUAUUGUCAGCCUCAGCAGAAGAGAACUCCUCUGAGGCAUCUUCAGGCUCCGCAGAAGACACCUUCUCUGACACUUCCUCAGCCUCAGCCGAAUCCAGCUCUUCAACUGAUGCAUCUUCAUCGGCAGAAGAGUCAUCCUCUGGCACUGCUUCAACCUCAGCAGACUCAAGCUCUCCGAAUGAUGCAUCUACAGUCUCCACAGAAGAUACCCCCUCUGACACUUCUUCAGCCUCACCAGAACCCAGCUCUCCAACUGAUAUGUCUUCAGCCUCAGCAGAAGGGAGGAGUGGAGAGUCAACUGAUGAAUCAUCAGCCUCAAAAGAAGAGACCUCUUCAGAUGCCUCUUCAGUCUCCACAGAAGAUACUUCCUCUGCUACUUCUUCAGGCUCAGCGGAAUCCAGCUCUUCAAAUGAUAUGUCUUCAACCUCAGCAGAAGGGAGGAGUGGAGAGCUCAGUGAUGCGUCUUCAAUCUCUGCAGAAGAGACGUCCUCUGAUACAUCUUCAACCUCAGCAGAAUCGGGUUCUACAACUGAUCCAUCUUCAACCUCGGCAGAAGAGGCAAGCUCCUCUGAUACUUCUUCAACCUCAGCAGAAGCGAGCUCUCUAAAUGAUACAUCUUCAGCCUCAGCAGAACUGACCUCUCCAGGCGACCCAGUUCCAGCCCUGACAGAAGUGACUCCGCCGCCUGACCUGCCUCUGCGCCUGGUAGGCGGGCGAAGCCGUUGUGAGGGCCGGCUGGAGGUGCGGCACCAGGGGGUAUGGGGAACUGUAUGCGAUGACCGCUGGAACAUCAAGAAUGCCAGAGUUGUGUGCCGCCUCCUGGGCUGUGGUCAUGCGCUGGGCGCCCCUGGCAGAAGCCACUUUGGGGCAGGCACAGGCCCCAUCCUGAUGAAUGAAGUGCGCUGCUCUGGCUUGGAGGACUCUCUGGAGAGCUGUGCCCAUGCUGGCUGGAUAAGGCACAACUGCCACCACCGUGAGGAUGCCAGUGUAGUCUGUGCAGGUCAAGCUGACGCUCUUGUGCCCAAGGAUAAUGCUCAGCUGUCCUGUCUGCCUCACCUCUUCCAAGCUGUCAUUGACCGAGGUUAUCUCCGGAGAUUAGGCUACUCCUCCUGGGACAUCCAUUUAAAUGAUAGGAUGUGUCGCCCCCAGGUCACUGGGCGUUACCUCAUCUUCAAUAUCCCUUAUGGCCACUGUGGCACCAUCAGGCAGGAGCAUCAAGGCUCUCCCAGCUACUCCAACUCCAUCAGAGGCAGAACUCAAGGCCACCCUGGCCGAGUCAUAGUGAGGCACAAGGUGCCCCAGGUGAAGUUCACCUGCAAAGUGGAUGGCCAGUCUGCAAUGGAAAUUGUGCAUGGGAGUGACACUCAGAAGGACCAUGUCAGCUACGAUGUGUCAAUUUCAUUCCUCCAGUCUCCUGCAUCCCGGAAUAUGGGGGUUGGAGCUCCUCCUUAUACCCAUCAGAGGGAAGAGGUCUUCCUGCAGGCCACCCUCCACAGCCACAAUCCCAAUCUGAAGCUCGUGGUGGAUACCUGUGUGGCUUCUCCUGACCCCAGUGAUUUCACAACUGUCAAGUAUGAACUGAUUCAGGAAGGGUGCAUCAAAGACAAUUCCUACUCCGACCUGCAUACCUCUGGGAAGAAUGUGGCCCAGUUCAAGUUCAACGCCUUCAGCUUCCUCAAAAGCUAUGAUGUGGUCUACCUGCAGUGUAAGGUUGCUGUCUGCCGAAUCGGAGACCAAUCUUCCCGAUGCUCACAAGGCUGUAAAAGGCGAGGGAGGAGAGGCACAGGCUCUGCAGAGGCCAGAGAAGAACCAACUGAGUACUUCCAAACAGUGGGACCACUGAAGAUCCACAGAGCAGGUCAUCAGAGCAAGACCCUAGUGUGAUCUCUCACGCUGUAACAAAAGUGUGUCGGGAAACUGGAAGCAAGGUAUUUUUCUUAGCAGAAAGCUAUGUUUGGUCAACCAGAAGCCAGACAUUGGCAGCACUGUCUACUGUAUCCAUUCAGAUGGGCAGGAGAAGCCAAGGGAUUUCUUCUCUGGGGUUUGUCACUAACCAAUCCUGAGCACUAACUUCUAAGGCAGUUUGUCUGUUGUAGGCAAUAAAGGAAAAUAAAGAAUGCUGAUUCUGUUAUUCUUCACUCUUAAGACCUUGACCAUUGUCUUCAAAUGUAUGAAACAUUAGAAAAAGCGUGGUUGUCUAUCUUUUUCCUGUGGGCAACUAAAGAUUGUUUUUAAAAACAUCUGCUACUAUUUGGGUGCUGAAAGGUGGGUGGCCCUCUUUCUGUUCUUCUGGAAAUAUAUUAAUUCAUUUCCAAAUACU